AAAGCGAGUACGGAGCCCUUUUGGCAAGCAAACCACUUCCGACCGGUCUUUGCAGCAUUUCCGAAGCGGCCCUCUUCUUUCGCUGUACAGUCAGUCCAAAUAUGUCGGCCAAAAUAGCCAAAACUAUAGCCAGGCAGAAAGAAAAAAUCGCCGAAGGAAAUUUCUACGAAGCUCACCAGCAACUUCGGGUCAUCACGUCGAGAUAUCUCAAAUCCUCCGACUACCCAUCCGCAUGCGACGUCUUGUACAAUGGUGCUCUCCUCUUGCUCCGCGCCGGCCAGGGGGGCUCGGGCGGCGACUUGGCCUUGAUGCUCCUGAACGAUGUCUACGUCAAGGGCGAGUUCGCCUGCAACGACGAGAACAAGAAGAAGUUGCUCGAGAUACUACAUGCGUUUCCUCGUGAAGAGCCAACAAGAAAAAGAUUCAUCACUGAGAUGGUCGGUUGGUCCAGCAAGUUUGGGGAUCUGGAGAGAGGCGAUGCCGAGAUUCAUGAUCAAGUUGGACGAGUGCUUGCCGAUGAAGGCGAAGUGUAUGAUGCAGAACGACAUCUCGUUCUAGGAACAGCCUCGUCCGCCCCGAUACUGGCAUCAUUACAUUACAACUGGUACAGUCUCGACCAACCACAUUUGGCAGGAAUCUACGCAUCUCGCUCUGUCCUGCCGUACUUGUUGGUUGGAAAUCUAGCUUCAGCCAAUUCUGCCCUUAGCACCUUCACCUCACAUUUGACAACAUCCAACCCACACUUGCUAGCCAUGUCGCAACCGAUAGAGUCGAGCAAAUCCGGCUUGAGUUUACGCAUUUUCCCCAGCAUCCCUCUUCUCAAUUUCUUGAGCUUGUUGCUUUUGGCGGCACAGAAAGGCGACGCCAGCUUGUUCCGGCAGUUGUGCAAGUACUACGCACCCCACCUGAAGGACGCAGACAACCUCUGGAGUGACGCGCUGAGUAAUAUUGGCGAGGUGUGGUUUGGGAUCAGAAUGCCCCGGCAGGGCGGUAACCCGCUCUUUGACAUGAUGGGAAGCAUGCUCUUCGGUGGCGGACAGGGUGGUCAAGGCAAGGGCAGCACGCCGAGAUCGAAUACCCCCAAACCACUGACGGGGGCGAAGAAGGAAAUUGAGAAGCCUCCAACCAUGGAUUUGGAUUGAUUGAUAAAAUAAUGCUGAACAAUCAGAACCGACCUUGUCU